AUGAAACCAGUUAGAUCUACCAGAUCCGUGCGUUCUUUGAGGUCCACCCGUUCGCUACGCACAUCAACUGCACACUCCACCACAGUACCCGUUAAGACUGAAUUGAUAGAUUUCGAAAAUGUUCUACCAUUUGCAUGCGCAAAAUUUAACUGCCCUUACGUUAUCUGCGUAGAGAAAACUCAGCGGAAUGAUGAUUUUUAUAAGGCGCUUAAGCAGCAAGAAGGCGUGAAAAGACGUAUUAGUAUGGCAAUAAGUACAAAACGUGAACCUGCUACAACACCAGAACCAGUUCAGCACGACGACGCCGGUAGCUCAAUCGAAACAGCAACACAACCUUCAUUAACAACCUCCAUUAACACAGUGACUGUAUAUUCUGUAUACGAUACGUAUAAUUGCUUGACAGAAAUACGUCUCGAGAGACUUAAAAAUGUGCCAAGAGUUCUGUUGCAAGUUAUGAGAUAUUUAGUUCCCUAUUAUAAAAAUUUGACGAGGAUCUCGAUAGUAAACUCUAAAAUCAAUGCUGCAAUAAUACACGAAAUAAGUAAUAUUGUGAGAGUGUCAACUAUAACGCAAGUUCACUUGGACAGAACACCAGUAAAUGAAGCUAAUUAUGCAAUCCUUUUAGAUACAUCAGUCAUUAAGUCACUUUCUUUGACUAGAUGUAACAUUAAUGAUGAUGUCUGUGAGAUAAUAGCAUCAAAGCUGCAUAUGUCAACUGUUGGUGAGAAAUUAUCGCUUUUAAAUCUAUCUUCGAACCACAUAACAGAUUUAGGAGCAAAAUCACUUGCUGCCGCUUUAAGGACAAACCGUUACUUGCGCCAUUUAAAUAUCUCCGAUAACCACAUAACUGAUGAUGGAGCUAUUUCAAUUUUAAAUGUUUUAAUGGAAUUUCCUUUAACUGAUUUUGAAGUUUUGAACAAAAAGGAAAGGUAUUUUACAUACUUGAGAAAUAAACAAUCACUGUACUUAAAGUAUUUGGAACGACGGUCUUCAGCUGAAAUCAGCAGCAAGCCACCUAAAAGAAAAAAGAGUAGUGCAAGAAAAGAGAAGGAAACUCAACAAAAACCCAUGUUGAAUGAUGAUUCUAUGAGAGCUAAGUUAUUGGCAGAACAAAUUUUAGGCCCAUUCGUAGAUCCAUUCCAAGCUGAUUGUAUUAAACGCACGGAUGGCCAUCUAUUUUGUAUAGGGAAUUUGGCACUCUCACACCUGAAUAUGUCAUAUAAUAAUCUUUCUUACAUAAUGAUUAAAGCUCUUAAAGAUGUUGUAACAUAUCAAAAAGGGGUAAGAAAGGUUAGAACACAUAAUGGUUUGAUUAAAGUUGUUGUUGACGGAAACAAUCUUCCGAUUCAGUGUCUAGAAAUGAAUUUUAUCAAUGACUUACUUGGCCGAAAGAAUUUGGAGUUUGUUAGGCUUAGUAGGGGCUUUUCUAGAGGUAUGCCUUAA